AUGGGUAACCGCAAGAACUUCAAUAUUUUCAUCUCUCUCGUUCUUCUUCUCGCACUGAUGAUGUCUUUCACAUAUCCUUCGGAAUUGCAUGAAACCCAACCCACCGCAGCUCCAUCGAUGGCGCCGCCAGCAAAGUACCAGAAGUUCGAUGUCAAGAAAUCGACGCCAUUCUUCUUGAAUAAACAAGGGCGUCAGAACAAGAAAGUGAAGGGUUUGAACAGGAAGGAAAUGAAGAAAAAGAAUGCAAAGCCUUUCUUGGUUAUGCUUCCAAAGGGUUUUGUCCCUCCUUCAGGCUCAUCACCAUGCCAUAAUCUGUACCCCAAUUCAGUCACUUUCUUUUGUGCUCUUUCUACUGAAAGACGACCUUGA